AUGGCAGGCCAUGUUGCGAUCGAAUCGCGCAUUCUCUCGUCGCCCUUUGGAUCUACCCAUUCCGCCGAACAUGCGUCACUCUAUGCGCCAGAGCAUUCUUCGCCAACCAAGCCCGCUCCAGUCCCACAGCACAACUUCGACUUCGACGUGGAAGAACUGUCAGACAGCGAUGUCGAUUAUCCUCAUGACGCCCAAGUCUUGCAUCCCUACGAGUUGGAAGAGGUCGACACUCCUGUUCCAGACCACGGUCAUGUCAGUCCACCAUCAGAUAUGAAUGAAGGAGAUGAUGAGGAUACACAAGAUUCUGAUUCUACUGCCUUCGCUCGUCAACUGCGUCGUUUGCGCUGGAAACCCGCAUCUCGACCUCACGCCUCCACUGGGUUAUCACCCGCCCAGACAAAUUCUCGCAAGCGAUUACGAUCAGAGGCUAUAGACACCGACACCAACUCGGAUGGCUUUGACAGUUCCCACGCACGAUCCGAGCCCCCAAGGUUGCGCCGGCGUAUACAAAAACCUGACAACACACUCACUGUUACCACCCCUUCAGACAUGAGCGGCGCAUCUGCCCCACGAGUAACCACCACUGGUCCCAUGUCUGGCGACCUGAUGGAUGUUGAUGAACAAGCCACCUAG